UACAGUUGAGUUUUGCAAAUUUCGGCAAUCCCCAAAAGUUGAUCAAAGUAAUGACAACAUGGCAGGCCUUUUUCUGUAUCUGUUUAUUACGCUGGUUUUGAAUCAAAAUACGAGGGUAUUUUGUGAUAUUGACGUCAUCGACUGCCCCGAUGGAUAUUUCGUGGCUUUAGGCGAAUGUCACGAUUGUCAACUGUGUGAAAAGGUGCAUCUAUCGCAAUGUAACCAGUGCCAAGUGUCGACGACAACAACUAGUACAAGUACAAGUACAAAUAAUAAAAUCAACAAGAAUUCGACAAAUCCAGCGAAUAAAGAAGAUGUUUACAUACAUGUAUCUGGAUACCAAUUAUCUUUGAACAGCCCAUUGGUGCUAUCAGUGUUGUUAGCGGCAAUCAUCGCCAUUGUCAUAGUGGCAUGCUUAGUGGUAAACGUCUCACGUCGACAGGACAAGGCACGACACUUUCCACUGGAUUGCUGCAGUGUCGGAAAACAUCAGCCACAUCGCGCAAACGCUAUAGCUUACCGGUUUUAUAACGUAGAUGGCGGUGAUAUAAGGGAGGUCGCUAGAAAUGCAGAUACAAUACCCGAUGACGAUCAAAGAAACCAUCAAAACAUUCAGACUCCCGUAUUAAGUAUUGUGGAUAGAAUUCCACAGCGUGCAGGCAGUGCCAGUGCCAGUGCCAGUGCGAGUGGUUCGGCGGACUGUCGCCACAACUGCAAAAACCACUGGUACCCAUCGCCACAACACUCAGCCACGACGCAGUGUGCCACAUUACCUAAUGGUGUUCCGUUGUAA